AUGCAAGUCUUGCGACACACCAGCACGCUGCCAUCUAGCAAAAUCCCCCACGUGGCGGUUAUCGGCGCAGGCAUUGCAGGACUUCGCUGCUCCGACGUCCUCGCCCGCAGCGGCGUUAAGGUGACACUGUUUGAAGCCCGAAACCGUAUCGGCGGGAGAGUCCAUCAGAUGGAAUCAGGUGGCUACCUCAUGGACAUGGGGCCAAAUUGGAUUCACGGCACUAAGGGGAAUCCCAUUAUGCAUCUCGCGAACAAGACCGGCCUGACCAUCUUGGAACCAGAAGAGCACCAGGCGCUUUUCGACACCGAGGGAAGAAGGAGAUCUGACUCUGAAGCCGUCUGGCUGUCGAGUAAAAUGUGGGAAAUGGUCGUCGAUGCUUUCAAGUAUUCCGACGAGCACUCUGCCGACAUCGACCCCCAAGUGAGUCUCUUUGAGUAUUUCAAAUCCAAGCUUGAUGCGGACAAAGAGCUCAGUGGACGGAGAAGAGAAGACCUUCUGCACGAAGCGCAGAUGUGGGGGCCUUUUGUGGGCGACUCGGUCGAGAAACAGAGUCUCAAAUUCUUCUUCCUGGAAGAAUGUAUCGAGGGAGAGACUGUCUUCGUUGCCGGAACCUACAGAGACAUUUUGAAGGAAAUUGGCCGCUCCGCGACAGACGAGAGUAAAGUCGACCUUAGACUCGAAACGGAAGUCGUUCAUUUCGAAACAACGUCCGACAACAGCAACGAAGACGGUAUCAAGGUUACCGUUACAGCUUCAUCUGGCGACCAAUCCAACUUCGACGAAGUCGUCAUCACCUGCCCGCUGGGCUGGCUAAAACGGCACCACACGCGGGCCUUCACACCGGCACUGCCACCAAGACUGGCUUCGGCCAUCUCCAAUAUCAACUACGGCCGCCUGGAGAAGCUCUACGUGACCUUCCCGUCCGCCUUCUGGCUUUCUCCUCCCGACACGGAGGAGAACCCCAAAAGCCUGUCGAGCUAUCCUAUAUUCACGCACUUCCAUGAUCCGGCCUAUGUGCCUCACGCGAAGGACGAAGCAUGGAACCAGUCCGUCGUCUCACUCGCUCACUUACCGCCGCAAUGCGCCCAUCCGACGCUGCUAUUCUACAUCUACGGACCCUGCGGUACACAUCUGGUCAAUUCCAUCAAGGACCUCCCUAGCCACUCGACAGAAUAUAACGCCACCCUCGACAGCUUUGCAUCCCCAUUUUACUCCCGUCUGCCCAACUACAACCACGUCGACCCCGCCUGCGAGCCCAGAUCGUUCCUGAUGACGAGGUGGCAGGCCGACCCUUUCGCGGGGAACGGCUCGUACUGUAAUUUCCAAGUCGGGCUCGAGCGGGGCGACGAGGACAUUGAAGUCAUGCGCGACGCGGGCGGGAUGUGGAAACGGGGCCUGUGGUUGGCGGGCGAACACACUGCGCCGUUUAUUGCAUUGGGAACGACGACCGGGGCGUGGUGGAGCGGAGAGGGCGUGGCGAGAAGGAUCUGCACGAAAUGGGGGAUCAGUGUGCCUGAGGAUGCGGCAGUGGAGGAGGCAAAUGGAAACGUUGUUCACUAG